AUGACUCACCAAAAAGCAGAAUGUAGAGGCUCCCUCCUGCCCGUUCCCACCCGAAUAGUAGUAUCUGGAAAGAGGCCUACCCCCCUGCUGCGCAGUCGCGUUGGGAGCGGUCCCUCUAGCUUAGUGGCCCGCCUCCGUUUCCAUGGCAACGCAGUACACAUUGAGAGACUGAGCACGCUGGAGAUGUGCUUAAGCAGAUCCAGAUAUGCGGAAGGUUUGCCUGAUAACUACUUCUUUGGAACAUGUCAAUCAAGGAAGCUCUUUCCUUACUACCAUCCCCCAAACAGAUUGGGGAACAAGUUUCUCCCUAUUAGGGGGGCGCCCCACCGUGGGCCUGGACGGUACACAGACACAGAUUGGAAUAGCUUAGCAUACAACCUAUCUAAGAUUCCCACCAGUACAAAAGGAUAUACUCUCGGAGCCAGAACAGCUGCAAGAUUUAAGACAAUCAAGGAUACAACACCUUACCCAGGCAUGUACCAGAAAGUAAACACUGGUGAAAAGAAACUCAAGCAAAAUUUUGCUCCAUUUAAUACCAUGAUGCCUCAAUUUGGGAGCUAUUCAAAGGAACCUUCUUAUCCUGGUCCUGGCACAUACAACCCAGAGAAAAAGCCACCCUUAAAAGUUACUUGGCCUAUGGUAUUUGGAGCUCCAGACUGGGAUCAGGUUCCUUGUCUAGAGAAAAGAACCCUUAAAACUGAGCUGUCAACAGACAAAGACUUCAGAGAACAUCGGAACCGUGUGGCUUACUUCAGCCUAUAUUACAAUUGAGAAGUAGUCACUACCUUCAUGUGCUCUUCUUGACCAGGGGAUCUCCAGGACUGAGGAGAGAGGCCUUCUUCUACUUCUUCAUUAAUGUGGCCCUCUUGUCUGCCAGGGUGGGGCCAA